AUGGCUUUGAUGGUACCAAACACCACCGAGAUCGACGAUGCCUUAAGGCUUUUGUGCCACGAAGACAACGCUCAGGAAGCCCAAUAUCGAGCCUUUUGUCAAUUUUAUGGGAAAGUCACCUCUUGCAGUCCCAACCCAGAGCAUCAUGUUAUUUCUAUGGGUACUCCAGCUUUCCGAUCCCACUCAGAGAUACUGUCGUUGGUUUCCAAGUUAAGGCUCCACUCUGACAAGUCUCAGACUGACCUCAUCCAUGAAAUGUUCGCUGGUGCUGACAGGGAAGAGGCCGAACAAGCAUUGAGGGUGAUUGUCAAGAUUGCAUACAUGUUCGAUUGCGCCUCAGUGAAAACAUUUUCCCAGCAGUUCAAAAUUGAAAGCGACGGAAGUUUCCCAGUGGAGUGGCGUCGCGAACAAACCUUGGUUGAGCUUGUACAAAGUGCAUUCCCAUACAGCGCCGACUCGAAAUACACUGCUUCUAGAAAGGACCGAGCCCUCAAAGUAUGGAAGCUUCGAAAGAGGUAUGGCAUACACAUCGUUCCCACGGACGACCUUGUUCAGCAUCUUUACUACGAUCGACAAACAAAAUGCCUCAGCGUCUUCCAUCAAGUUGCUUGGUUGAAGGCUCAAUUGCGACACGCGUCUGGAAACGAUUUGUUAGAGCCAAUGGACACGAGCCUCAAAAAUGGAACUUUGCCACCACAACUACUCCUCGAGACGUUGUACAGCAUCUAUCACAUCCUGCUGCCCCUUGACAAGAAGUCGGCCAAGUUAGCAAAAAAACUGGUUCUUAAUCCCAAAAAAAAGACAAGAGGGUUCGACCCAGAUAUUCUCAUCUAUGACGGACUUAUCCGCCCCGUACCGGAGCCAUUCCAGUUGAUGUAUUGGAAGAAGCGGCUGGAUAUCCUGCGAGAAAUUGUCGACAAUCCCCCACCAUCGAACUCGUUCACUUCUUGGUUUGAAAGACACACGAGCGAGAGAAAUGCGUUGACAGUCGCCAUCAUCGGGGUCUUUCUGGCGGCGCUUUUUGGCUUUCUUUCAUUUAUUGUUGGAAUAGCACAAUUGGUAGUCUCUAUUUUGGCGUGGAAAAAUCCCGCUCAGGCAUGA